UUGGAGAUCCCUCCACAUUACGUACAUCUAAGUAACAAUUAAAAUUGGUGCUAAGUUAAAUUCUAAAUUAUGUAUAUUUUUAUGUGACACAUAAUUAUAGUAGUCAACACAUUAGUUGGUUGGCGACACGAUUGAAUAAAGAUAACAUAUUCAUAGAAUGGAAAUGUGACUUCAUCAUGAUUAGGCUGGUUAAGGAAACUACUACAGUAUCCAGCUGGCAGAUAAUUGUCAAGGCUGACUGGCCUUGGCACCCGGCAUUCGGCAAGCACGAAGCACGUAGUGAGUGUGACUGACUACGAGAAUGGGUGAACAACCGGCAACAGGCUUCCAGCACAUUGAGUACACACAGCUUAAUCUUCACCAUGGAGAAGCUGAUCACUCAAGAUGGAAACAGUACAUAGCAGGAAUUGCAGCAAGCACUAGUAUCGUUGCUUCUGGAGCUUGGUUCUGCUGGCCAGCACCUCUUCUCCCUCGACUCUUGGAUCAGGAUAGUCCUGUGCCCAUGACACCGGAGGAGGCCUCCUGGAUGGUCUCUUUCAUUGAAGUGGGGACUUGUAUCAGCCCAUUUUUAGGCACACUAAUGGCUGAUCAUCUGGGCAGGAAAAACUCCAUGCUGCUCUCCACUCCUCUCUUCGUUGUCAGUGUUGCCCUCAUCAUUUACAUCAGGACAUUAUGGUCACUUUGUCUCGCUCGCUUCAUCCAAGGUUUAGCAAUGGGGAUUCCCUAUACCGUACUUCCUCUGUACCUUGGUGAGAUCGCCAGCUCUGAAGCCAGAGGGAUUGUAUCUAGCUUCUUCAUGAUCGCAUGGAGUCUUGGCUGUUUGUAUCCUUACUGCGUUGGACCCUACUUAUCGUACAACUAUUUAACUUAUGCUACAUUUCUGUUGAAUAUUGUAUUUGUAGUUUCCUUUAUUUGGCAGCCAGAGAGUCCAUAUUAUUAUGCUUUGAAAAAUAAACCCAACAAAGUCACUGACAUGUUAGUACGUCUGAGAGAUUCAACACCAGAAGAUUUAAUAAAAAAAGAAGUGGAAGAAAUUCAGCUGGAAGUAAGGAAAAGUUCAGACGAAAAAGCUUCUUGGAAAGAUGUUAUAGCUACUCCUACCGAUAGAAAAGCUCUUUUUUUACUCUUAGUUGUUGCAGUGGUAUCAUGUCUGAGUGGACAGAAUGCUAUGCUGACUUAUUCAACAGAUACAUUUUCCAAGUUCUCAAAUAACUUUAUCCCUCCGGACUUUAUAACUAUAGCGAUUGGUAUAGUUACUCUUAUUGGGGGUUGUAUUAGCAUACCAACUUCUGAUACAUUAGGGAGGCGUUUUCUCCUACUGAUGUCCUCUGUGGCUUGUGCUAUUAGCUUAUUUAUUGCUUCUGGUUAUUUCUACCUCGACUCCAACACAAGUGUUGAUGUAUCCUCGUACUCUUGGGUUGCUCCAGUGGCAAUCAUGGCUUUCAACUUUUUUCUCAAUGCAGGAAUGCAUCCUGUCUGUGUUGUGUACACCUCUGAGCUGUUCCCCACAAAAACACGUGGUAUAGCUUCAUGUAUUUCUUCCAUGAGUUUGACAUUUUCCUCCCUUCUUGUUUUGAAAUUUUACGAAUCAAUUUCAAUAGCAAUGGGCAUUUACUUUACUUAUUUGUGUUAUGCUUUAGUUUGCUUUAUCGGUGUGUUCCUUUUUUAUUUUCUGAUGCCUGAAACAAAAGGAAAAACAUUUCUAGAAAUCAGAGAGGCCUUAGAGAAGGGCCAGCUUAAGUGAGAUGUAUAUUCAAUGAUUACUUUUCUCACCUUCUUUCACUGUUUAGAAGAUGGCCAACAGGUGAAAAAAUUUUACAGACAGUGAUAACAUUCACUGAGAAGGAAGCAAUAAAUAUUGUCACAUUCUGGCGGUGGAAGGUCAAUAUGGAGGUGUUGAGUUUUCAGGGUUAAUUUUUCUUAAAGGAAUUGAAGAUGAGUUACCCAAACACUCAAUUUAGUCUUGUCCUACCUUUUGUGCCGUGAAAUGUGUACAUGACAAUUUAAGGAAUAAAUGCAGCUCAGUGAACAAUGAGAUCAUAAUUAGCAAAAAUGAUACGAGUAGUAAGAGUUGUAAAGAAAAAUAAACAGAUACCGUCUUUCAAUCAAUUGAUGUGCAAGGCUUAAGCUGCUAUCUUGGUGUAAAACUAUUCCUACUCUCAGUAGGAUAAAUUAAAAUUUAUUUUCAUUUUUAUGUGGAUUUAAAAGUAAAAAUGAGUGAAAUUGAGUUAGACAGUGGUGCCUUGAUUUAAAAAAUAGCUAUAUUCCAAUGGUAGCCUAACCCUUGUGACUCAUGAAUGGAUGAUGAAAAUCAAUGGUAAAAGUCAUGGUAGUUAUUUUAUUAUUACAGAACUUUCUGACUAUUUGUACCAAGUUUCUUGGUGUUUGGUACAUGAAUUGUGGUGGAAAAGCUUUGAUUUUGUAUCUUAAACUACAUGCCAAUGUAAACUUUACUAUUGAUUGAAAUCACAGGAGGCAAAUUUCUAAAGAGAUUUAUUGAAUUACUUGUGCUACGGUAUGAUAAGUUCCUCAAUGUUAAUGUAGAUUAUAUUGAAAACUAGAUUAAGAACAGCCUUAAAAUGUAUGUAAUAAAAACCAUUAGUUUUUAA